GCCCGUAGCGGCCAUGUGUCGUUCAUAGACAGUAAGUCAGUGUUGGCUUUUUUACAAGGCUUAUAUAUAGCAGAUAACUAAUCUGUGCAAAUUGCCAAACAUACACAACUGUCAUUUGCACUGGACACACAAAGUGUUAAAUAUUUUUUUUUUCAAAAUAACGUCUAGUGAAUUGUGUAUAGUGAAACUGAACAUUUUAAAAAAAAGGAUUGAACAAAAUUUUCGUUAACGGCGUCGGCAGUCAGUUUAGUACAGCGAACCGACAAGAGGGAGUGAGAACACAACUGUUAAGAAAAAGAGAUCGAACUAUUAACUGAGACUCCUCGACGCCAAGCGUUUCUGCGUCUUCUAAUUGUUAAAAAAAAGAAAAAAAAAGAUUCUCUAUGAGGGGGGGAAAAAGGGGAAAUGAAUAUUUAAAAAAAAAAAUCCUCAGAUGAGAGAUACAUUGAGACAUACUUAUGGAAAGAUUGAAUAAAAGAGUGAGAGGUUUAUUGAGGGUUUUUGUGUAUUGGGGAGGGGUUUAGACUGUAGGAGUGAAAUUCACACAGAGAGGAAGAGGACAGAGUUAACACGAAGAAGAGAGAGAGAAACCGGUGAGUGGAGACGCGCGAUAGCGCUCCUGACAAGCCGUGAUCGACCGCAAACUGCGUGAUCAAAAUUCCAAGAUUGGAUUUUUUUUGUUUUCUUUUUCUGGGUUUUUUUUUUUAUUUAAAAUCGACAUUUGAAAAAUAAUUCUUUUGUCCUUUCGCCUCGUUUGAAAAAACCAGUUAUUGACUGUAGAGGCACGCGUGUCGGUUAAAUCGUGUCCUGACGUGUGCAAGAAGAGGCUAGGCGCCUGGAAUUGGAUUUGUGUGCGCGCUUCUUGUGUAUAUAUAUAUAUAUGUGUGUUUUUUUGGUGUAUAUAUGUGUUCAAGCCGCUUUACGAUAGUGCGACAGAAAGUGGUGUGCGCGCGCGUCGCUACCUAGUAAAAAGGGUGUGUGCGGAAAAUCGGAAAGGUGCUUCCGGAUAUGAUUGUUACAAUUUUUAUUUUAGUGUAUCUAGAAUGAUUAACAUCAUUAAUAAAGAGGAAAUUUAAAAAAUACAAGUGUCGGUGAAAAAAGUUAAUUUUAUUUCCAAAGUGAAAUAAAAAAAAAAAAAAAAAAAAAAUCAUCGACGAAAAAAAGUGAUAUAGGCGGAUGUCAGGUUGCUCUUUGGUUCAGGAAGGUUGAGCUCUAUCUGUGAUUGGCUGAUGUUUCUCUUGUAUGUGUACUAGAGUGCGUCGCAGCAAAACCUGAUUUUUACCUAUGUGUGAGUGAUAUAUUCUCUACUCUGUGCAUUAUAUAUUACUAUACGUGGAUUACUGUGCUAUUGAGGAUUACUACACUUUUGUGGAUUACUUUAAUACUGUGGAUUACCAUACACUUAUGUGGAUUACUCGACUACUUGUCUGUGGGAGGAUAUUUUCCUAUUGCUAUAUCGAAAGACAAGAUUGAACCAAGUGUGACGCUCAAAUGUGCAUGAUGAUUUUGUCAUUCUUUGAGGGAGACGAGGAAGUGAUAAUGGAGGAAUAAAAUUGAAGAAUUAAAUAAAUAUUAAAUGGUAAUUAAAAGAGGAAUGGAAAUAUUACACGUGUGAUUUGAAAACAAAACGAUAAGAAUUGAAAAUAAAAAACAAAAAAAUUUCUAUGUAAUAGGAGAAUAGAGUAGUAAAAAAGAAAAACGAAAGUAAGAGACGAGAACCGAGAAGAGGUGCGUAAUAUCAGGGCUAGUUAAAAUAGAGUAGUCGGGAAGUGAUGUGUUCGAUGGAAGAAGUGGCUCUUGCGGGAGGUGGUUGGAGUAAAAGAGCUGCUAACCAAGGUACAACUUGGUGCAAUUUGAGAUCGACGAGAAAAGUUGGGCGAUCGUUGACCAGGCUGGCGGGCGCCGGGGAAACGUUUCCAAGGGCAUGGCGACCACGCCACUAGGCGGUCGCCUCCCUAACGUAAACCGUAAAGGACCGUCACCGUGUGUCGGUGGUGGUGGCGGUGGUGGAAGUAGUUCUAGUAAUAAUCAACGAAAACAAGAGCGUACUGGAGGUAAAGAUCAUCAUCAUCGACAUCAUCAAUCUCGUGAGAAGACGGGUCACCGUCAACAGCCGCAAAGAGGGGACCAGAAAACAAGCACAGUGGCUGCGCACGCCGGGGAACUGGAUCCGGCCGCCACGAAUGCGUCCAACAACUUUGAGUACGACGACAAUGAAUGGGAUAUUGGAAUAGGAGAUCUUAUUAUCGAUCUGGAUGCAGACAUUGAGAAGACGAGAGACGAGAAAUUGAGUUCGGGGACCGGCAUGGCUUCUACGCCUGCCUCGGCAGCAACAAAUACCACGAGUCAUCAAAUUCAAAAUACAAGUAGUCUUAAUUCUUCCUCCAACGGUACUUCACUAGUGGAAGUACCGUUGGAAAGUACCAGUGGCAAUCACUCAUUGAUAGGUUCAACAAAACACCCAAUAAGCGGUGUUAGCAGCGGAAGUGGAAGUAGCGUUAAUAAUAACAACAGUAACAAUAACAACAAUAAUAGUACCAACGCCGGACUUUCCGGCAAGAUGGCUGUUGAACAUUCAGCCACUGUUGAUAAGGGCCUCAAAAUGAAGAUCAAACGCACUAAACCCGGGACCAAGACCAGCGAGGCUAAACACGAAAUUGUCAAAUCCAACGAAAUGAAUGGUAUUGUACAAGAUGGAAGUAUUUCAUCAAAUUCAAAUUCCUCAUCAUCCUCAUCAUCAUCAACAUCCUCAACGUCCAAUACAUCUUCCGCCCAAAAUUUAAAUUCCACUGAUAGCAAUCAAAGUCAAUCAGUGUCUAGUAAAAAUAAAUCAAGCCACACACCAGGUUCAACGUCGGCGACUGGUAAUAAUAAUUCAACGCCAGGAUCGAAACGUGGUUCAAGUGGACAUCGUAGGGAUAAAACAAGAGAUAAGCACGAGAAAUCACAGAGUAAUCAUGUCACACAACAAAGUAAACCUGAAAUGAAUGGUACGACAAGAUCGCCACAGAAUCACACGUCCUCCAUUUCUUCUUGCGUUACUACCUCUAAUAUGGUGACAUCGACAAAUACUCUUACCACAUGUUCGGUAACAUCAGCAUCUUCCUCAUUAGCUUCCUCAUGUACUCCAUCUACCGUUACGUCGUCGUCGUUGUCGUCGUCGACGUCAUCUUCUUCGUCUUCGUCGUCAACUAAUGCCAUUAAUACCACAUCGUGUUCUUUAUCACCGCCAACUUCGUCUGGUUCAUCGUCGUCAUCGGCAGUUGCUGCUGUUGCUGGAAGUGCUAAUAAUCAAACACAAGGGCCUACCCCUGCGGCAAUUGCGCCACAACAGCAACAACCACAAGGACCACCGUCAAGUUCGAGAACAGGAGGAUUUUCGGGUAAUCAAGGAACUAGUACAACGACUACUAAUACCGUUGGUGCACCAUGUCCUCCUGCAAGUCCAGCUAGUGCUACAGCUGCGGCAGGAUCCGCUGCAAAACCUGAACAAACUAAAGUAGCUUCUGUACCUGGAUCACAUUCAAUUUGCAAUCUUGCGGAUGAAUCAAUGGAUAGUUCAGACAGUCCACCACCUGCCAAAAAACUCAAGACAUGUCCUAAAUCUGAACUCAAGGACAUGUCUGAUGUAUGCGUAGGAACAAGUGUGGGGACUAUUACGGAACCUGAGUGCUUAGGACCAUGUGAACCUGGUACCUCUGUAACUCUUGAAGGAAUCGUAUGGCAUGAAACUGAAGGAGGUGUAUUAGUUGUAAAUGUAACGUGGAGAGGUAAAACUUAUGUGGGCACAUUACUGGAUUGUACAAGACAUGAUUGGGCGCCGCCACGAUUUUGUGACUCGCCAACAAGUGAUUUAGAUGCAAGAACGCCUAAGGGUCGUGGUAAAAGAGGUCGUGCAGCAGCUAAUACAACUCCUGGAAAUGAUCUCAGCAAUUUUACCGAGACAAGAAGUUCUGUUCAUAGUAAAUUGAGAAAUGGCGGUGGUAAAGGUCGUCGUGGCGCUCAAAGUUCACCGGCAGCAAGUCCAAGUCCCGCGUCAUCGGUGACAGUGACAACGGCCAAUACAACGACAUCUUCAUUUGUACCCCCUCGCGCUGAUCCCGCAGCAAAAAGAAAGUCACGUGGACCCGAGGAAGAUGACAAAAGCAAAAGAAGAGCACCACCACCGCCAACGCCAACAAGUGGCUCACCUCCCGCAAGUCCAAUUCUAUUGGAAUGCCCUGAACCUAAUUGUAGUAAAAAAUAUAAGCACAUUAAUGGACUGAAAUAUCAUCAAAGCCACGCACAUGGCUCAGCCGAUGAUGAUGAUACUAAAGAAGGUAUCACAAGUAUGUCUGAGAAUGAUGAGAGCAAUAUUGAAACCCCAAGUCCAGCGACACCGGUUAAAUCGCCUUCGGAGAAAAUGGAAGCCGUCACGCCUAUUAGAAUUGCAAGUCCCACGAAUACGUCAAUACCCCCCGAGACACCACCCCCACCGCCGAGAGUUCCAUCUCCGAUUAGCAAUGAAACGCCAUUAAUCGUUGGAAGCACUGCUGCUGUUGCUGCUGCUGCGGCAGCUGUUGUCACUGUACCCACUGUUGCAGCAACUUCGUCGUCAUCGUCGUCGUCAUCAUCCUCGUCGUCGUCCUCAUCAUUAUCACUGUCGUCAGCGGGAGCUGCCAUCAAUAUUACUGUACCAACGGUCACUUCGGAUAAGAGUAUCGUUAAACCAGGUGUUCUUCGCUUUGGACAGGAUGAGCAAAUAUCUUCACAAGCCAAUGCACCUUGUCUCAGGCAACUGGUACAGCAGCAAACGUCGCCUCUGCAAUCAUCAAAUCCCAAUCCAUCAAGUCCAAAUCCUCGUUCGAGUCAAUCUCCAAGGCCAGUACAAACAAGUUCACUUCCCAGCCCAGGAAUUCCACAGCCCCUUAAUAUCCCUCAACCCCCACAAACGACGACGACAACAACAACAACGACGACAACUCAACUACAACACUCAAUUCAAAGUAGUAUUGUCUCAUCUCAACAAUGUCUUUCUAACGCACCACCACCACUACCUCAUCAUCAUCAUCUUCAUCAUCACCAUCAUCAAACAACUCAACAAUCACAUCAUCAACUUCAAUCUGUACCACCUCCCCUCACAUCUAAUAAUCAACUUCUUACUUCUCAACAACAACAACAACAACAGCAGCAACAACAGCAACAGCAACAACAACCACCGCCACAUUCGCAACAAAAUCAACAAACAAACCUACUCACAUCAUCGCAUCCCGGUCUUCAAAAUCUCUCGACCAAUCAAAUGCCAAGCCAAUCGACUUUACAAUCAACACCAGGCGCAACGCAUCUUCAAUCAUAUUCAAACGUUGGUCUACAUACAAAAAUACCCCAAUUCAAAGUUAAACCAACUGCCGCCUUAAUGCCCGAACAAGACAAAAGUAAAGAUCUCCGUUCAACGAAACCACAAGGCUACAAGAAAAAAUCACGUAAAUCACCAGGUGGUAGUCCACAUCCAUCGCCCCUUGAAUCGCCAUUAAUUGAUUCAGGACGUGAGGAUGUACAAUCGCCCGCCUAUUCUGAUAUAUCCGAUGAUGCAACACCCGAUUCUGAUAAUAUUGACAAAGGCUUAAAGCCAAUACACCAAGAAAAAGAUACAAAGACUUCACAAAGUCAUUUGCCAACACAAUUUAAUAUGUAUCCUUAUUAUGGCCAGUCACAGUAUCUUGUUCCAACUGUACAGGACAAAACUGGACAGGAUCAAACAAAAAUAAGUGAUCUCACAUCAAAACAAGAGAUUGUUAAACCUCUCAAUAUACCACAGAUGCCUUCAAUCAAUAGCUUGCAAAGUAUUGCGGCAGAAAAAGAAAAAUCCAAUAAGGAUAUAACGCAAACGCAGCCACAUUAUUAUGCAAGUUAUGGUGCUUAUAUGCCACCUGGUUAUCCUUAUCAGCAACAACUUGCACAACCGCCACCAACGCAAAUUCAAAUUCAAGACACCGAGGUGCAUGAACAAAAAUUAUGUAAAAUUAAACAGGAACCUCAGCCAACGAAUUUGAAGGAUAAACAACAUGAGAAUCAUCAAAUACUUAAAGAAAGUAUUGAAAUGAAAAGUCAAAUGACGCCCUAUCAUGUUUAUCAUGGUACACAAAGAGCACCGCCACCAACGAGUUCAUCGCAAAUGCAAGAUGACAGAAGAUAUUAUCUUUAUCCCGGUGAUCAAAGGCGAAAAGAUGAAUGUCCCAUUAAACAAAGUCAAUCGAAACCAUCAAUACCACCUAGUCCUAAGCAUCAAACAUCAAAGCAAGAUAAACCACAGGAGAUUGUGAAAAAUGAGGAUAUUAAAAUUAAACAGGAAGGCGUUAAACCAACAAUGGAAACGCAAGGACCACCACCGCCUCCAACUUCGCAAUAUGCUUAUAUUCAUCCUGGUUAUAUGCCACCGCAGCAUUAUGGAGCUUUGAGUUUUGAUCCAGGACAUCCGGUUUAUCGUGGGUUGAGUCCAAUGCUAGUUCCGGGUCCAUACAGUGGCAAUCCUUAUCUUCAUCAAUUGCCAAGGUAUCAUGGCGCCGCAGAAGAUUUGAGCAGACCACCAGCAGGAAAGGCACUCGAUCUUCUGCAGCAUCACGCGAACCAGUAUUACUCAGCUCAUAAAAUACAUGAACUUCAAGAACGCGCCUUAAAGUCACCGACGCCAAAAGGUGUUAGUUCAUCAGCAAGUCCAUCGUCAGUUGGCGGUCCAAAUCCAACAAGGCCACCAAGUGGUCCACCAACCGGUGUUCCUGGACCACCUCAAGGUCAACAAUCGUCAGGCAAACAAAGCCAAUCAAUGGGACAACAGCCAACAAUGGGACAGCAACAGCAGCAGCAGCAACAACAACAACAACAGCAGCAACAAUCAACAGUUGGUCAAGUUGAAGUGCCUGGUGUAACUGGAAAUCUUGGCAAAGACAGUAGAACAUCAUCAUCGCCACCGCCACCACCUCCUAGAUUAGUUCAUCAUACGCAUCUUGAUAUCGGAUACUCGAUUUUGAACGGUCAAUAUCCCGCGCCUUACGGUGGUAAGCCACUUGUCAGGCCCUGACAGUAAGGCUUCCAUGAACGUCGCGCUUCCGUGACAAGUGAAAAAGUGACAAGAUUCUAACAAUUCAGAAUCGCCCCUUCCCCCCCAUUUAUAAAUAUGAAAUCACGCACCCCCCCUCCCCCCCUACUGGCUGACUUUGCACGACAUAACCAAAAUGCAACGUGAUAAAAAAAAUGAAAAAAAAUAAAAACGGCAAAUUCCGCCCUCGUCCAAAAUUUUUUCUAUUUCACGUCAUUUCUUUUUUUUUUUAAAUAUGCAUUAGCCUUUCUUUUUUUUUUAAACCGUCGUCUAAAUAAUUUUUAUUUUUUGUGACGUAAAAACGGUACGAAUUGAAAUUUUCAUUUUUAUAAUUGAAUUUUAAUUGAAUGAAACGGAAAUAAUUGAAUUAUUCCGAAAUUUAUUUUCUGUCUGAAUCAAUAAGGGAGGAAUAAUAUUCUCAAUGGGGGAAUUUUCGUAGUGACGAAUUAAAAAUUAUCGAAUUUUCAUUUAGGAGAAUUUUAUAAAGAAUUUUGUAAAUAAUUUUACAAUAAGCAAAAUAAGAUGGAAGAUGGAUGGAGAAGAAUAACAAAAUAAUAACAGAAUGAAAGAAUUUUGAUGAGGAGAAUUUUUAUUUAACUAAAUUCUGAUUUAGUAAAAUUUCCAUUUAACUAAAUUCUGAUUUAGAUAGAAUUUUUAUUUAACUAAAUUCUAAUUUAGUAAAAUUUCUAUUUUAGAAAAAAUUUAAAUAAAACAAAUUUUCUGAUACAUUAAAUUUUCAAUUAAUACAAUUUUCAUUUAAAAAAGUAUCAAAGAAUCGUAACAAAAGUUAGUUUAAUUGUGUAUUGUUGUAUUUUCAAAGAAAAGAAAAAAUUAAUUAAAUUUUGAAUAAAAGCUUCAGUUAAAUUUUAAAUAAUUUAAUUUACAAAAUUUUAAACAAUUAGAAAUUAAAUUUAAAUCAAAAUUAAGUUUUCUGUGUCUAGAAACUUUUAAUUUUUGAUUAAAAAUGCAAUUUCCAAUUCAUUAAAAUUCUCAAAAAUUAAAUUACGAAAAAUUAUUAUUAAUUAACAAAUUUUGUUCUUUUAUCGAAUUUCUAUAUUUAUCCAAAUAUUCAACUUAGCAAUAUUUUUGUUAACUGAAUUUUCAUUUUACAGAAUUUUUUGUAUAAAAGAAUUUAUUUAACAAAACUUUGAUUAAUGAAAAUUUUUUAUUAAAAACUAAUUUUUGACAUGAAAACUAAAUGACAAUUUUGUUAAUUAGAAAAUUAAGUUGAAUGAAAAUUUUCUUUAAUAAAAGAUUUAUUAAUUAAGAAUUUUGUUAAAUAUAAAUUUUUUUAAAUUAAAAAUUUUAUUAUAGAGAAAUUCUGUUAAAUAAAAAUUUUCUUACAUAGAAAUUCUAUUAAAUAAAAAAUUCGAUAAUUUUUUUAAUUCGACGCCACAAAAAUUUCGCCAAAUUUAAUGUUGAAGAAUAUUGAUGCGUCUCUUUAAUAAUUGUAUAUAUAUAUAUAUUUUUUUUAAUCAUUAAGUUUUAAUUUAUUGUCAAUUUAGAAGGUUUAAAAACAUAAUCUUAAACUAAAAAUUCUUUAAUAUUGAAAAAAGAAAACAAUAGAAAAAAAAGAAACAAUAAUAUAAAAUAAUUUUCAUAUUUCUGAUAAUCGGAUAUAUGCCAAAAGUCAUUUAAAAAAGAAGAAGAAGAAUAAAAGAAAAUAAUUUUAAUAUAUUUAAAAAAAAAAAAAAAAAACUAUAAAUACGAUUUGGAAAAAAAUACAAGUCAUCAAAAUUAAAAUUAUUUUUAUAAUAAUAAUAAUCCACGUUUUAUUCGAUUUAAAUAAAUAAUUCAUUUUUUAUUAUAAUCCUUUAAAAUUUUGUUUUUUUGAAUUUUUUUGAAAAUCGAAAAUUAAAAUUAUUUUUUUAAAUUCUUGUUUUUAUAAUUUUUAAAUAAAUUAUUUAAAUAUUUAAAUAAAUUCAAUACAAAUGAUUGUAAACUAUUUUAUGAGGAAUAAAAUAAGGUAUAAUUGUCAUUAUUAUUAUUAUUAUUAUUAUUAUUAUUAUUAUUAUUAUUAUUAAUAAUAAAAAAAAAUAAUAAUAAUAAUAUUGAUUAAAAUCGAAUUUAUUUCAAAUUGUUUGAUUUUUCUGUACAAAAGCGUAUUUAGUUUGAGAUUAUGUCUAUUAUUAAACUUUCUUAAAAAACCGCUCUUUUCAAAACAAAACAAUAAAAAAACAAUGGAACCUUUCUCUUUUAAUAAUUAUUGAUAUACAUUGUCAGAGUGAAAAAAAAUGACUAGGGAAAAAAAAAUUAAAAAUCAUUACCUGAAAUUUAGCGGGAAAAAAAAACUUUUUUUUUUUCAUAUUUUGUAUUUUCAGCACUGAAAAGAAUUUAUUUUGCAUCUAGGUUAAUUAAAAUUGUAUUGAUUGUUAUUUUUUUCUUUGAAAAAGAAGAAGACUAUUUUAAAUAAUUGAAUUGAAUAAUUAUUUUUGUAAAAAUUCUCUUAUUGUAUAGAAAAUUCUUUUCAGUACUGUGAAAAAAAUAUAAAAUUCCAAUGAUUUUUAAUUCUUUUUUUAAAACAAUUUGUUUUUCAAUUUUGUUGAAAUUUUGAUAUAUUUCUUUUCAAUCGACGAUAUUUGAGAAACGGAAAACUAUGAUAAUUUUUUUUAAAUUUUCAUUUACCUAAAUACAUUCCAAAUAUCAAAUGAAACAUUAUUUUCAAGCUAAAAAAAAAAAAAAAAAAAAAAAAGCAAACACUGAUGCAAUAUCAUUUUAGCUAAUUUCAAGUCGUUGUGCAGUAGGCUAGUUCAGACUGUGAUAAUUAUUUGUCGUGCUUCAGAUAUGCGAAAGCAUUUUUUAUUUCGAAAAAAGAAAAAUUCAUUUCGCAAUGGUUAGAGUUACUCUAAUUUUUUUUUUUUUCUUUUUUUUAAGUAGACUACAGUCUUCCAUGUUAAUAAAAUAAAAUCAUCACCUUUGCACCAAUCUUUUAAGAGUAAAAAAAAAAGAAUACAUAUUUGUACAAAAAUCAUUUUGUAUUAGAAACAGUGAGAAAGAAAAAUCUAAUUUUAAAAUUAAUUAGAAAAUUGGACUGAAAUUUAUAUAUAUAUAUAGGCCCAACAAUUUUUUUUUUUUUGAAAUGAGUUAAUUUUAUACUAUAAAUAUAAUGUGUAUAUUCUAUUUCUGCUUUCGUGGUUGAGAAAAUGCAACCAGAAAAAUUCAGAGCGAUCUGUUAACGAUCACUGCCAUGAUUAAACGCGCAAAACUGGAAAUACUUAAAUUCUAUAGAAAAACGACUUGAAUAAAAUAUUUUAAACUUUUGUUUUUUUAAAUAUAUAUAUAGGACGAGGGCGGCUAUUACAAUAACAACAAUGUUCUAUUAAAAAAGAAAAAACACGGGAUUUUAAUUUCUGUAAUUAUUCACAAAAGUAGCAUUAUAAGCCAGUUGAAAAAUUUUGCAUGUUUUUUAUACGUUUCCGAUUUGCAAAAAAAAAGUAUUACAAUAAACAAUAUAUAUGAUAUAUAUAUAUAUAAUUUUUUUAACUGUAUAUAAUUACAAAUAUUUCUAAUGAAAUAAUUAAAAAAAAAUUUGACAACUGGUUUUGUUUCGUUCUACUUUUGUUUUCUUUUUUUUUUAUGGAAAAUUCCGUGUGUAUGAGUCUCAGACUCUAAAUUAGAUUGUAUAUACUGUAGAAUAUAAAUGUAUUAUAUAUACAUAAUUAUACAUAGGAAUAAAAAUAUAUAUAUAUAAAUAUAAAUAAUAUAAUUAUAAGGAAAAUAGUACGCGAGACCUCGUGUCUUUUUUUUAAAAAUCGAGGAUUCUCCUAAAGCGUAUCUUGCAUUUGAUUCAGUUGUCAAUCUAAGAUUGAAUAUAUUGAAAAAAGAGGGGGAAAAAAAAAAAAAAAAAAAAUUAGAUAAAAACGUGACAUGCUUAAGCGGCAAGUUUCGCUAGACUGAAACUCACAGCGGAUAUUUGUGGACGUAUUUUUUUUUUUUUUUUUCUCUUGUCCUUUUUGGAUAAUUACACUCGCACAUGAGAAUUAAAAAAAAAAUAAUAAUAAUUCUUAUCUGUAAAAUGCGAGAGUGAUUUUUUCAUUUAAUUUCCGUGUGAGUUAACAAAGAGUGAAAUUUUUAAAAAUUGCGCAUUUGUGUUUUUGUAUAUAUACAAAUUAUACAAACUCAUACAAAUUUCAAAAAAAAAAAAAAAAAAUGUAUACACAAUUAUGUAUAUAUAUUUUUUUUUUGAUUUGUAUGCAGUGAGUAAAGAAAAAGCGAAAUUAAUGUAUUUUAUUGUAAAGAAAAACAAAAAAAAAAAAACUGCGAACUUGGAUUUUUGUAGAAAAUUACGUAACUUGCUAAAAAAACAAAAAAAAAAAAAAAAUACAACUAUCUUCUAGGUCAUUUAGUUCUUAAUGAAGGAAAAAAAAAUACGAUUCUAAAUAAUAAACAGACAGAGAAAGAGAGAGAAAUGAAAAAGAAAAAAUUGUAUGAAUGAACGAACGAAAAAAUGUGUAAAUUUAAUCUCGAAAUUCCGAGAUUUUUCAUGAGUGGUAUAAAAAAAGAAAGAAAGAAAGAAAGAAAGAAAGAAAGAAAUAAGAAGUGAAAAAAGAGGAGAAAAAAAACUAAUUACGUAUAAAUAUAGUUCGGUAUUAUCAUCAUCAUUAUUAUUUUACUAAUAAACGACAUUGCGAGAUGAUAACGUGUAUGAGCGAAUAAUAGGUAUUGUAUAUCCUGUUUUCAGGCGUAAAUGAGAAUAGUAAAAACGGAACCUUGUUGGGUUGCAUAGUGAUGCAUAUGCCAAAUCAAAAAAAAAAAAAAAAAAAAAAAAAAAAAAAAAAAAAAAAAAAAUGAAAAUAAAAAUAAAAAAAAAAAAAAAAA